AUGUCAGUUUAUAAUGAUAUAGCACCAUCAAGACAAAUAAAAAGAUCUACAACCCAAAAACGGCGAAGACUAAAUGAAGUUAGUUUUCAACAAGAACAAUUCAUAUCACCAAUAAAUGAUAGAUACACUAUAUUAUUAAAAGAUGGUGUUACAACUGCAACGAUCUACCCUAUAAUAUCACCAGAUACUAUUCCACUUGGAUUACUACAAUUUUUAUGUGAUGAAUACAAUAUGGAAAUAGAAAGGGGGGAAACAUUACCUUUUUUUGAUCCUUUUACAUUAGACGAAUUUGUCACUUAUUGGUUCGAUCAAUCAUUUGUUGCAAUAAUGUGUCUUGGAAAUUCACCAUUGACAAAUGAUGAUGAAGAAGAGGAUAUGAGACAAUGGGAAAAUGAAUGCUUAGGUACUUUUUAUAUAAAGCCAAACCAUCCUGGUCAAAGAUGUUCACAUAUAUGUACUGGAGAAUUCUUGGUUAAUGCAGGUAUUAGAGGUAAAGGUAUUGGUAGAACGUUAACUGAUUGUUUCAUGAAAUGGGCUCCAAAAUUAGGUUAUAAUUAUACUAUUUUAAAUAUGGUUUUUGAAACUAAUGCAGCAGCUAGAAAAUUAUGGGAAUCUUUGAAUUUUAAAAGAAUAGGUAAGAUUAAAAAUUCAGUUUACGUUAAAAAUUCUGAAUUGCCUAUUGAUUCAAUCAUAUAUGGUAAAGAUUUAAUAGAUAAAACUAUAAAUGAAUCAAGUUCAUAUAGAUUUGAUAAAAUCAAAUAUUAUUUAGAAACUGGUAAAUAUCCUGAAACUGCAGAUAGACAAGAAAAAGCAAGAUUAAGAGCUGGAGCAGUUCAUUAUUCAUUAGAAAAUGGGAAAUUGAUGUUAAAAGGUAAAGAAGUUAUUGGAGAUCCUGAUGAACAAUUUAGAAUUUGUUUAAAUAUACAUAGGAAUAAUGGUCAUUUGGGUAUUAAUAAGACAACUACACAAAUUGCCGACAAUUAUCAUUGGCCAAGGAUAAAAGAAACUGUUGGGUCUGUUAUUAGAGAAUGUGAAACAUGCAAAGAAAAUGAAGGAAAUCAAGAUAAUAAUAACAAGAGACAAAAGAGAUCGAAUAACGAUGUACAUAAUAACCCACAAGAACAUCAAAUUAGCGAACAUGUACAGGCUGUCAUAUCAGAAGUUCAAGAAGCUCAUUUAGAAGGAUAUAAACAAACUUAUGCUGAAGUAGCAGCAUCUGGAUUAAUAAAUUACCCCUCUAAAGGUACUUAUCAUUCUCUUGUUAAUGAAGAAGAUAUAGAUCCGGAUAUAAUAAGGCCAAGAGUAAGAACUUACAAAAGAUAA